AUGAAACAGAGCGACCGACUCCUGCCAGUGGCAAAUGUAGCAGGAAUAAUGAAGAAGGCAAUCCCACAAAACGCAAAAAUAUCGAAAGACGCAAAAGAGAUGAUGCAGAGAGCCUCUUCAGAGUUUAUUGCAUUUGUUACGUGCAAGGCCCAGGACUUGUGCAAGAUAGAGAAGAGAAAAACUCUUACGGGAGAAGACCUUGUGCUUGCAGUUGAGCACCUGGGCAUGCCUCUGCAUGCGGAUGCGGGCAGGCGGGUUCUUUACAAGCUGAGGGAGGGACAGCAGUGCGAGCAGGACGUGUUUUCUUCGCAGCCUGCGUCUUCGGUUCACUGGAAGCCAUACUGCCAAGAAUAA